GGUGAAUAUUUCGAGCGCAACCCAGGAAGCAGGCUUAUGUUUACUCGUAGCUUAAAAUCUAUGCUAGCAACCUACAGAUAUGGCAGACGAGUCUCUGUUCGACUUUCUCCACAUGGAGAUUGUGUCACAUAUUUACAAGGAGCAGCAGUCCGGUAAAGGAGAGAUGGAUAACAAGGACAGAGCUGUUUGUGUGUCUGUCCUUGAAAGCAUGGGCUUCAGGGUGGGACAAGGACUCAUUGAGAGGUUGACCAGGGACUCUCCCAGCUUCAAGGAUGAACUGGAUGUAAUGAAAUUCAUCUGUAAAGACUUCUGGACGAAGGUGUUCCGGAGGCAGGUUGACAACCUUAGAACAAACCAUCAGGGCACCUAUGUUCUGCAGGACAACAAAUUUUCUCUGCUCACUCAGCUCUCCAGUGGAAAACAAUACUUGGAUCAGGCUCCUAAGUACCUUGCUUUUUCAUGUGGCAUUGUGAGGGGAGCUCUGUCUAACCUUGGUAUGGACAGCGUGGUGACAGCUGAGGUCUCUGUUAUGCCAUCCUGUAAGUUCCAAGUGGUGAUCCAGAAGUUAUGACCUUAUCCUCUCUGCUACCCUGGAGCUGAUGAACAGGGCCCUGUGGGUUUGGGCUAAUCCUAAAGAGAGGAUAGUAGUUCCUGUCUAUCCACAGAGGGAAUCAAACACCACUGUGAUUUCCACAACUGGGUCAAACAGGACUUGCCAGGUUCGGCUGACAACCAGGUACCCAUGAAAGAGCAAAAAGGGUUAGCAGGCGUACCUCUCACUUGUGGUAUUCUGAUACAGAAGAUUUGUUUUAUUCCUUUUGCAUUUUUAUUUUCAUGUUUGUUUCAUAUACAAAGGAAAUAAUAUAUGAUAUUUUCAGCUUUAGUUUUCACUGGCCUUGCCUGAGCCCACCUGGCCGAGCUUUGAAAAGAAAUAUUGACUGUCCGUGAUGUGAAAACAAUAAUGUGAAUGUAUAGUAAAUCACAUGGUAAUUUAAUGUUCUUUGUCAUAUCUUGCAAUGUGGACUGACCCAGAAAUACUCACCGAGACAUAAUUGAAAAUAAAAAUCAAUUUAGGAUAAAACAUCAACCGCCAUACCAUCGCUUUGAGCAUCCAUCCAAAUAACAGCCAGUGAGCCUUUGAACAUCAUUACACCUGCCUCAUUAGAUUCAUUAUUCAGUACUUGUUUCUCUGCAGACACUCUGAAUCUGUAACUAGCUCCUGGUGCUUUGCUCUGCCUUGUAGCAGACUGCCUUUAGGAGCUGGGUGUUUCAUGCAUGCUGGUGGUCAUUCAAAUUUCAGUUCAUUUAAAGGCAAAAUGCAAAUCUAGAAUGAGUCAUGGGUACAGGCAUUUUAUUUUCAGUAUGUUCCAUUAUAGAUAUGGUAACACUGUCUGCGCCUCUCUCUGUUCCUCUGUAGGGAUAUCACAUUAGUUUACGGAUUAUUGUAUUUUUGUACCAAAAUGUACAUUUUUUGUCCUUCUGCACAGCACUGAUAUGUAGUAAUUACAUUUCUCUAGAGUAUAGUGAGCUGCAAAUGUGUUUUUACCAUGUCGUGUGGCUUUGAAACCAAUUCACAUGAAUUUCUUGUUACAUUUGUGAAAUGACUCUUUGCUUUGUAUAAAAGUCUCCUCAAACAUUAAACCCAAAACAGCUUAAAACUAUAAAACUGUUAAGUUUGUGUUGUUUCCUUUGAGUAUUUUACUUUCUCAACUUAACAUUUUCUCUAAGUGGAAUAAUAAUGUGACAAAACAAAGCCUUUAGAACAUGAAAGGACAACUCGCUGACACGGUGAUAAAGAAAAUCACCUCUCCAGUAGAUACUGUUGCCUGUUUUUGCCACUAGAUGGAGACAGAGAGCUGUCUUUAUUUCCAUGUCUGUUGCUUUACAGUUUGGCAAAGUCUGUCCAGGCUCUCCUUGCCUGUUCAGCCUUGUUCUUAAAAAUCUGUAGUUCAUCUUUCCAAUAUGCCCCCAGUAUUUGUCUGGGAGAAAAGAGACCCCAUAGUUGAAAAUUGUUUUUCACACUCGCUUAAAAAAUAAUGAGAAGUCAAAAACUGUUCACCCUUUGUAUCACACAGUGCAUUUCCUUUUAUCUUUUUUAUUACCUGUCUGCAUAACAACAUAUUUCACUGUGUGCUUUAGCAACAGCAGUUCCAUUUCCCAUCAUCCCUGCUUAAGUUAUUAAUAUUUCUUUCAUGUUGUUGAUCCAUAUCAUGAGCUCGGCAUUAAGAGGUUCUACUGUAUGUGAGCGUACUGCACGGGCUAAACUGUAACUUCAGUUUUAAGACAACCAUGAUCAAUCUGAGUUAGUGUUUUAAGACCCAGGUUCUCUCUAAUCCAUCAUCAGAUUUGUCACAAUGUUUUAUUUACACUUGGAUUUUCAUUAAAGUUACAUUUUGGUAUACCACCAUGUUGACGUUAUAGCUCUCUCUGAAGGAUUAUGGUGCUCACUCUGUUUUCAUUACUGUCUCUGUUUAAGUAAAAUAUCCCUGACAGUGUUCCAGUAUUUCACUGCCAUCAGUGUAAUAGUUUUACACAAUAAAGGUGUUUACAUGUAACUUAA